UGAGGCACACUCACCCCAAGCUCGUCCUCCGCACCGCAGCCAGGCCAGCCCAACCCAACCGACACCAUGCUCCGCCAGAUCGUCCUCCUCGCCCUGGUGGCCGCCGCCAGCGCCCACUUCUACAAGCCCAGCUGCCCCAUGGUGCCCGGCAAAUACCCCUUCGAUCUGGACAAGUUCCAGGGUGACUGGUACCUGGCUGCCGGCAACGACCUGUCUCUGGAGCUCAAGGGCAAGUGCGGCAAGGUGACCUUCCCCACCCUCAUGAAGGAGAAGGAGGGCAAGGACGCCGUCCUGAGCAGCCGCUACACCGGCGUCAGCAUCAAGGACAACACCCCCAUCGCCUACGACUUCACCAUGCAGCCCAUCAUCAGCGACAAGAUCGCCAACCUGUACUCCGUGUUCCGCGCCGAGGGCUCCAACACCUACUCCGCCAUCUACAAGACCUCCAUCGUGGCCACCGACUACAACACCUACGCCCUGUACCUGGCCUGCAAGCCCGUCUUCAACGCCGAGACCAAGACCUACGGCCGCACCCUGUUCUCCGAGAUCUGGACCCGCAAGGACGUGACCCUCAGCAAGGACACCAUGGACACCCUCACCAACAUCCUGUCCUCCUACGACAUCGACGCCACCUCCAUCAAGACCAUCGAGCGCAACUGCUAAACGGGGAGGGGACUCUCUUCCUAAACAAAGAGAAAAACUGUCAACCAAAAAUAGUGUAAAAGCAACCAAGUGUUAAAUUAAAAUUAAUUUAUUUUCGACCCUCUAAA